AUGGGGCAGCAACACAUUGACGAGCUUCUCGAACGCUAUCUCGGCCUGCUGGAUGAAUAUACUCAACUACGCCAAACCCUGUCGCAACUGCAGUCUGGUGUCUAUCAGAACAUCGCCCGCGCAAAUUUUUCCGGGGAGAGAGGCAUGAGAUACGGUCAGGACCACUACGAUGAGAGAAUGCAAGCAAUAAGGGUUCUGUCUAUCGGCCAAAAUGAGCAUCAAAGUCCAAUUUUCUCACUCUUGAAUGCCACGGAGGAGGAGGAGGAACAAGGGAAAGAAAAAGAGGAAGAACAGGGCAAAAGCUCGGUCGCUGAGGAACUCAAGCAAGGUCCAAAGCCAGAGACCGAAGCAGAAAUGCCAGCAGAAAAGAAGCGCAAGAACAAAAAUCCUCUGCAUUGGUUUGGCUUAUUCGCUCCCAUGGGCCUCCGUACAGCCCAAACACAAUCUAUAAAGGCAGUCGAGGAUGUCAUUCCUAGGCUAGUCUCUAUCAAUGCUGAAAUGCUUGAUGUUGAGAUUGAAGUGCGACGAGCUCGAAAACGUCGCGCCAAAGCAGAGAUGGCAGAGAAAAGGACAGGCCAGGCUACAACGGACGUUCAGUCACAAAGUCCAGCACUUGAGGCAUUGUAA